CUGUAGCUCCGCCGCUGCAUAGUGUUUUGUAGAUCUCAUUAAUUGUGAUGUGAUGUAACAAGUAAAGAAGAUUUGUUUUGUACGUUGUUGUUGCCCUGGGAUAGAAACGAACAGCACGGCCGAUCGAUGAUCAAUGGUAUUCGUUCGUGACAACCCGUACGUCACACCAAUAAUCGGCAAAACACUAGGAUCAAAGAGACCGACAUCGACCGACAACCAGCUACCAGUCCUGACAGUUGGCAUAUUUCCACCUUCACAGGUUAAAGAACAAGGCAUCACAACGUGAUUUCCAUUUUCAUAUUCAUCAAUGAAUUAUGGGAAGUGGUGCCUCAACAGCCUCUGAUGACAGCAACUCUGGACAGACUAGUGCAGCUUCACCCAGACAUGGCGCAGGGAAACCACAGGCAGGAGGUAACACUAACAACUUCAAAGAAGUUCAGGUUCAACCUGCAAAAGAUCACUCUACACAAGACUUUCGAAAUGGUGCAUCAAAACACCAAGACUCAAAUCGGUCAAAAGCUCCAGACAAAAGUCCAUCAAAACACCCAGAUAAAACCACAUCAAAGCCUACUGAAAAUAAUGACAGCAUGAAGGCAUCAAAUAGUGGCACUAAAAACACAAGUGCUAGCGAAAAGCAAUCUGGAAGUUCUCAGCAGACCAACCAAGCAGCCAGCAGGUCAAAGGCCAGCAGAGCAGGUCAGAGGUCAAAUCAAGAUACUACCAUUGGAUCAGAUGCCAUUGUAUUUGAAACAUUUGUUCAUGAAGGAUUAAAGCGAGAGUUUCAGUGUCUGUACACCAACAGGCAGCGGUUUUACCUUGAUGACUGGAACUCUCAGGAGUGGCAGCCAUUUCCAUAUGAAUGGUACAACCAGGGCCACUUGGUUUCCAAUGAGAUCUUGAAAGAUGACCAGCCACGAGGACAGGUGGCAGAAGACACUCGACACAAUAAUGGACAGAAGACUGCAUCAUCUCAACAGGCAUCAGGACCAUCAGGACCAUCAGGACCACCAGGGUCAUCAGGGUCAGCAAUCACUGACCCAUACACAUCAUAUUCUGUUCAGACCCAAGAUGACCGGGCUGGCUCAUUACAUCACCCACGUAGGGGAAAGAUUCCAACAUAUCUCUUUUCGGAGAAACAAUACACCCACUGCUUUUUUGACCGAGAUACCGGUGCCUGGCUGAAAUUGCCACUGGGUUGGGAGCUGCAUCAUGAGAUGAUCAGAAACAUGGUUGAUCAAGUUAUGGAGGCUGUGCCCAACUGGAAUGACCGGCUUGAUAUACUUGCAGCUUUACGGGUCUGCAACUACAAUGUUGACGAGUGUAUAUCCAUGUAUCUACACCUCGAGGGAGAUGAAUGGUUAAGAGCAGCCCGAACUAAAGCAGCAGAACGUUCUCAAACACAAGCUGAAGAAAAGAUGGAGAAAAUGCAAGAAAUAUUUGGAGUACUAAAAUCUGUUUUGGAUGAAGAAAAACGUCAAAGAAAAGAAGCUGAAGAGCAGGUUUCAAAGCUGCAGGAGAGACUAAGCAUGUUGGAAGCUGAAGCUUCCAUUGCCAAAAACCAGGUUGAAGCCCUCCAAACAACCAGACCAAAAACAGCACGACCAAAGACUCCUCAAGUAAUCCAACCAGUAGUACAAGAAAGCAACAUCAGUUUGGAUGAUUUAGAGAUACUAAACAGUACUGCUAAAGAUCUACACAAGUCACAUGUGCACCUAAAGAUGAAUGUAGAGCGCCAUCUUGGUAUGCUACAGCAGAUGGUUAAAGAGGUGGCUAAUGCUGCAAAACAGAUGAAGAACCAGAAAGCAGGUCAAGCACAGGAACUUGAUGAAAUUCGAGCACUCUACCAAAAGGAGGUAGUGCAAAGAAAAAUGUUGUAUAACCAGUUACAAGAACUACGAGGAAACAUUCGAGUGUUUUGCAGAGCAAGAAAAGAUGAUCGUGCCAAAUUGUGUCUGUCAUUUCCUACAGAUCAGGACAUUGUUGUGACAAACAGUGACGGCACAAAGAAAUCAUUCAACUUUGAUAAAGUGUUUCCCAUUAACACUACUCAAGAACAGAUAUUCACUGACACCCAGCCGAUCCUCACCUCCUGUGUAGAUGGCUACAAUGUAUGUCUAAUGGCCUAUGGACAGACAGGCUCGGGAAAAACCUACACUAUGAUGGGACCAGACAGUAACCCGGGAAUCAAUGUCAGAGCAAUUAAAGAGCUGAUGAAAGUGUGUGAAGACAGAAUUGAAACAGUUACCUACACUCUGAAGGUUUCUCUGGUGGAGAUUUACAAUGAGAAUGUGGUUGACUUGCUGACCAAGGAUGCCAAGAUAGUGGAGCUGCAUGCUGCUGGGAACAACAUCCGCAUCCCCAACCUGACAGAACAGCCAAUCGAUAGUCUGAAGGACAUAAAGCGCCUCAUGGAUAUGGGAGACAAGAAUCGAUCAACUGCUGCAACCAAAAUGAACUCGACCAGCUCGAGAUCUCACCUUGUGCUCAUGAUCACUGUUGAAGGGACAAACAAGGUGACAGGAGCGGUGUCUCGUGGCAUCCUCACACUGUGUGACCUGGCUGGCUCUGAGAGAGUGGGCAAAACAGAAGCAUCAGGCCAGAGACUGGUGGAGGCUGCCGCCAUAAACAAGUCACUAUCGGCACUUGGACAAGUAUUUACUGCCCUAAGACAGGGUCAGCUACAUGUGCCCUACAGAAACUCGAAGCUGACCCAGAUUUUGAGACCAUCACUGGGAGGAGAUGCUAAGGCUUGUUUGUUUGUGAAUAUUAGCCCUGACGUAUCAAACUACCCAGAAACUUGCAAUACACUUGAUUUUGGAUCCAAUGCUCGCCAGGUGGCUUUGGGACAAGCUAAGCAAAAUGUGGUCAAGAAAUAAUGUAUGAAGACAUCAAUGUCAUAGAUACACACUUGUCCAACUGUUUCUGAUAAUAUACAACUGAUAUAAACAUACAUAAAUUCAGCAUACAUGUAUGACUGUCUUUAGCUAAUAAUGUAAUAUACCAUGUCUUUUAACUAAACACACACACACACACACACACACACACACACACACACACACAAACACAAACAUAUGUACAUACAAAAACAACAAUAUUCUGGGACUAGAAAGAUGAAUAUUUUAAAAAGAACUGAAAUAGAUUUUGCCAUUCAGGAGUUUGAUGUUUAUUCUUUUAUACAGGUAAAUAAAACAAACUGUUAUGGUACACAAUUUGCCUGAACAAAUAUCAUUUGCAUCAAAACAUGUUUCUGAUAACCAUGUUCUUUGUUUUUAAUGCCACGGUUUUGUUUCUGAACACACAUACAAGUAUCUGUUGAUGUUGAAAAAAUUAUUAACAGAAAAUGACAGAUUGUAUGAACAUAAUGCAGUGCACCCCCCCCCCCCCCCCCCCAUGAAAAUAAAAUUGAUAUAUAAUAACCCAGUACCCCAACUGCUGUCAUCUACCGAUGCCUAUGAUCACCCUAGCAUCAAAUUUAUUUAAUGUUAUGACUUAACAUGAAACAGGCAUCUACUUUUAAGAAAAACCAUGGAUCAUCAAAGUUAAUAAAAGAGUUAUUGAAAGACGUUUUAUAAUCCUAGAUAUGAACAGCUGAAGGCUGAGGUUGGUAAGCACCAUGCGUGUGAUGUCACACUGUGGCAAUCUUUUUCUCCACUCAUUGUUCAGGCAAAAUCAGUGCUAGAACAGUUUGUGUGGACAGUGUAAAUGUGAUCACACAGGGACAGAUAUGUCUGUUCACACCAAAUGAUUGUCGAUGUGGAUGCUGUGGAUGAAAAAACUCCUGAUAAUUCUGAUUGCUGCCUUAUACUGCAAUAAUUGUAGUUCAAUUAAAGAAAUAUGUGUGCAUCAAAUAGUAACUUACAGAUUGUCAGUUCUACUAAACGAAUGUACCCAUGUAUAUUUGCCUAACAGUUUGGAUGUGUCACCCAACUAUUUAAAUAUUGUCUGUGAUAGUCAUCAGUGUGUUGUUGUAUUCUUCAUCAGUUCUGUGAUAUCUAUAUUUGUUCUACUAUUUAUAGACUUUAAAAUGUAUUUUGUAUUUUCCAAAUAUUUAUAUGUUAUGCCGAAUUACCAAAUUGAAUUUAAAAAUUAUAUUUUAACCAUUUACACAGUAUUUAUUAUCAAAUA